UCAGGCCCUGGCCCUGCCUCACCUUGCUACCCUACUGCCCGGCGCCCUCAGCCCUUCCGGACCCUGGCCCACGUUGCUGGCCUCCCCUUUAUGGGGCCCUGCAGCAACCCGGGCCUGGGGCUCGCGGGGGCAGAGUCGCCCUCCCAGCCCCCCAAGAGGAGGAAGAAGAGAUACCUUCGGCAUGACAAGCCUCCCUACACCUACUUGGCUAUGAUCGCCCUAGUGAUCCAGGCUGCACCUUCCCGCCGGCUGAAGCUGGCCCAGAUCAUCCGUCAGGUCCAGGCCGUGUUCCCCUUCUUCAGGGACGACUACGAGGGCUGGAAGGACUCCAUCCGCCACAACCUCUCCUCCAACCGCUGCUUCCGCAAGGUGGGGCUGGGCCAGGGUCGGAGCCGGGGGGCGGGGUGGGAAGGAAAUCCUGAAUAUCCCCGGUCGGGCGGCCCCACCAAGCUCGCCCCCGCCCCCCCCCUCAGGCCCUACCGACCGCCCAAGCCGCCCCGUCCGCCCAGUCCCCAGCUGCCACCCAGCGAGGGCUUCAGCAUCAAGUCUCUGUUGGAGGGCGCCGGGGAGGGAGCGCCCCGAAGCAGCCACGGUGGAGCGGGUGCCCUUCCAAGUAAGGAGGAGGUGGUGCCCACACCACCCGUGCCCCCUGAGCGGCCGCUGUGGCCCCUCUGCCCCCUCCCAGGGAUCAUGAGGCCCGAGGGGGAGACUACCCAGGGGAGAGCUAGCAGGCCUUCACCCCUCUGCCCUGAGGCCAGGGCCUGGCCCCUCCACUUGCUGCAGGGUACCUCCGACCCUGGGGGUCACAGGGCUUCACUGUGGGGGCAGCUCCCCACCUCCUACUUGCCCAUCUAUACCCCCAACGUGGUAGUGCCCUUGGCACCGCUACCACCCGCCUCCUGUCCCCAGUGCCCGCCCUCAUCCAGCCCAGCCUACUGGGGCGUGACCCCUGAAACCCACAGCCCCCCAGGGCUGCUCUGGGAUCUAGAUGCCCUAUUCCAGGGGGUGCCACCCAACAAGAGCAUCUAUGAUGUGUGGGUGAGCCACCCCGGAGAACUGGCCGCCCCCACCCCGGGCUGGCUGCUCUCCUGGUACAGCCUGUGAGCUCCAGGGCAGGGGCUAAAAAAAUCCCUGCUGCCACUGGCUUGUUGAGGGGACCAAAGGCCAACGGGAGUCAGAAGUGUGGCCACAGUGGCCUGGAAACACCAGGCACCAGCCACUGUGAGAGUCUACCAUGUUUAUUGGGCCACCCCACAACGGGUGUGUCAACCCCGCCCUGAUGGUCAGGCCCCUGCUACCCCCAGCGGCAAGGCUGGGAGGAGUGGCACUGCCGGAGUGGCCUUUCCUGUCCCUUCCUAGUCCCACCUUCUCUGGCCUCUUCUGUCCGUCCGUCCAUCCAUCCAUCACCAUCUGCCACCUCCCUCUCCUGGCUCCGGGGUUGGGGGAGGGAGGACUUAAAUGGCAGCUCAGCCUGAAGCCCUCACAUUCCUCAACUGUCUGGGCCGAAGGUGGCACCUUUUUGGGGAAAGGCAUAGGGGAACGGGGACCCGACCUAGUGUGGGUGGUGUCGUGGGGGAGAGAACAGUAAAGGAAUGGACC